AUGGGAGGCUUUGAGGGCCAUCUGUACCCAGGACUGUCUCUCUUCUUCUAUGGACUUUAUCAUGCACGACUAGUCUCCAGGGCCUUAAUAUGCAACUACCCUGUCCAGUAUCUGCCACGCUAUCCCUGGAGCAAAGGACGAUGGGCAAGACUGCAGCAAGUAUGUUAUGUUGGGCUGGUGAAGAUAUUAAGUGCCUUCAUUUUAGCAGCCCAAGAGCUGCAUAACAUACAGGGACAGUUUGUACUUAUCAGCAAGAUAUAUCAUCAGAGAAACUUUUUGUACCGCAAACAGUGGCAACAUUUCACUCUCUAUAUGGCCUUCUUUCUGAGCGGGUGUGUGGAUGUGGUGAGCCAGAACUUGCUGCCCCAGCGGUGUGCUGCUCUGGAGCAGGGCGCCCAAGCCCUGGGCAUGUUUCUCUUUCUGCCUCUGAUGGUGUCUCACAUGCAGGACUCUGAAGGUGUGGAGCUGCAGUCCCACGUCCUGCUCACCAAGGCCAUAUUCCUGCUGGCACUGGUGGUGGUCGCAGAGCUGUGGGCUCCCGAUAUGCUGCAACUUUGGGUGAUGAAGGCCUUUUUUUAUAUGUUGACAGGCUCUUGGCUGAUUCAGAUAGGUUUUAUGCUGUACAAACCAAUUUCUGGCUAUAAAUGGAUGGACGAUGAUGAAAACAACAUUAUAUUUGUCACCACCUUCUUCUGCUGGCAUGUGGCUUUCAUUGCCAUUUUGAUGAUCUGGGUCUACGGCUUCUCCGUUGUGUGGUAUUGUUACAUUUGUUGAUGUCCGAACCUGGGGAAGCCCAGAAUGGUUCCUAUCACCUGCACAUUCUGAAACACCUGGAUGAGAAGUUGUGGGAA